CUUCCUCUUCCGGUCCUACGGCUGAGGAAACUGUAAAAGCUAUGCUGGGGACGCGGCGCGGAGCUUGAUUCACCUUCACUUGCGCGGAGCACCAGCUGACCCCGGGCUUCCGCCCGGUGAACCGUCAGACAUGAACGGACGGGUGGAUUAUUUAGUUACGGAGGAAGAGAUCAACCUGACGAGAGGAGCCUCGGGGCUGGGCUUCAAUAUCGUCGGUGGGACAGAUCAACAGUAUGUCUCCAAUGACAGUGGCAUCUACGUCAGCCGCAUCAAAGAGGAUGGGGCUGCGGCCCAGGAUGGGCGGCUCCAGGAGGGUGAUAAGAUCCUCUCGGUAAAUGGCCAAGACCUAAAGAACCUGCUACACCAGGAUGCUGUAGACCUCUUUCGUAAUGCAGGAUAUGCUGUGUCGCUGAGAGUGCAACAUAGGUUACCAGUGCAGAAUGGACCUAUAGUACAUCGAGGUGAAGGAGAACCAAGUGGUAUUCCUGUAUCUAUGGUGCUGCUACCAGUGUUUGCCCUCACCAUGGUCGCAGUUUGGGCCUUCAUGAGAUACCGAAAACAGCUUUGAAAUGCUUGCUGUCUUCCAGUGUGUCCCAUGAACUAUUUCUCUCACUCACCUUCCUGCCAUUCUCCCAUGUCCUUUUUUCUCUACAUAGCCAACACAUGAUUUAAACUGACUGAUUAUACUCAAAACCUUGCUGUUCAAACUUGCCAACUCUUCUGAUUCUAAUGGGAGAGGAAAGGUAUUAUUUGAAGAAAAGUUGGGGCGGGGAGGGGGAAGCCUUGCUAUGAACAAAUGAGAAGUUACAUAUUUUACUAGGACUGCCAAUAAAAAUUCAGCUGUCACCCAAAGAGGAAACACUCAGUCUUCCUGUCAGCAUGGAUGAUACCUUUUUCUUAGCUGGCAUGCUUUGAAGGCUAGCUGUGCUACGUGGAAGGAGGAACUGAUUUUUCUUUUUCUUUUAAUGCUUUUCCUUGUGAAGUGUUUGUGGCCUUUAAUUUGUAACUAUACCUAGAUGCCUAUGUUGGACACAGGUAAAUGAAGGUUUUUGUUUUUUGUUUUUUUACUUCAAAAAGAAAAUACAUAUAUACAGUAAUAUACAUGCAUAUAUGAUAACAUAACAUUGAUGCCUUAUAAGAGGUGAGAAAACCGUACUGGUUCCUGGGUUUCUAAUGAAUAAUUUUUGUGAGCGACUAGGGGAUCAUCAUAUUCCUUCAUAUAUAAUCAAGACUCAUAUUGAGCAAUGAGUUCUGGAUUGUAAAGAGACCUUACUUUUACACUUGUCUGUAAGUCCUUGUCCACCAAUUUAAAAAGCAUACUCAGUGCUAAGGGAUGAUUGUAACUGAAAAACUUCAAGAGUUUUUUUGCAGAGCAUGGAUAAUGGGGAUGGGAAAAUUUCAAAGAGAGUACUCAAUCAGUGUUAUUAGGAAAAUAGUAACUGAAGCAAUUAGUUGAAAACUGUAGAACAAAUGUCACACAGUAGCUAUGGUGAAGUGGUAAAUUGUAAUAAAACAGCUCUGCUCAAGUCAAUCUGUUCAGAAGACUUUGAGGUAUAAAGAUAAGUGCUACCAAUCUCUGAACUACUGUAGUUGGUAUUUUACAGUGUUGUUAACUGGGCAGCAGUGGGGCCAAAUGAACCAGAAGGGCCAAAAGUUGUCUUUCCAGUUGACAACUGAAAAAAAGGUCAUGCCUCAAGUUGGCACUUGAACCCUCAAGGCUACUUAACAGUUUUCAGCUUCUAGUAUCAGGCAACACCUUAGGGAAGGAGCUGCCUUCCUGGUAGGAUAGACCUAAAAUCAGCCUGCUUCUGAUUGAGUUAGGAUAAGAAGACCUGAUGAAUUGAUGUGGUUUUUGGUUUUGCUCCCCCCCCUUCCAGCUCUAAACACUAGUUUUAAUUUUAAUAAGUUAAUGGACCAUUUUUCAGAGAAGGGGAAGGAAUACAUUUUGUUUGUUUGGUAGAGGGGACAGGGAACGUUUGGUGAGUGUUUCUGAGGAAAGCCUGAGAACAGAAUGUGGGUGAAUAGAUGCCAGAGAACAGCAGGGACAGCGGGAGCCAUCCUGUUCAUGUAGUGUCUGAGUUGGUUUUAGAUUGCUGAGGAUAGUUGAAGCAAGCCAGGUUUUUUAACAAAAUAAUUUCCAUCUUCCAAAUAUAUUGGCCAGACUAUUAUUUUGACACAAGAUUAUGAGUUUUCCUGACAAUCUAGCAAUUACUUAACAAGUAUUGGUGUGUAUUAGUUUUGUCAAGAUAACCUGUACAAAGAAGAGAAAUGUGCAGACUUCAUCUGAAAAGACAUUGUGGUUACAGUUAGGAAGAGCACAGUUAAAAUGGAAUUGGCCACAUAAGUGUAAGUUGUUGUUUAUAUUGUAGACAACAAAAGAAAAUAGCUCCUGAGAAUUGGAACAUUCCAUAGAGGAAGGGACAGGUUAAGGAUCUCUAGGUGCUAUCCAUCUAGUAAGAGCAUUCAUAAAUAGGUGAAAAUUAAGAGUAUCAGGUUGGAUAAUAGAUGAAACCAGUAGGUACAGAAAUGUUGCCAUGCAAAAUAGAGCAUAGUGUAGCAACAAGAUGUUCAAGAGCUGUUUCAAGGAAUUCAAAAAAGGAAAACUGUGUGUUGGGGCAUCAGAGUAGAAUGGAAAGGAAAUUCUUAAAGUCUGAUCAAACUUUGCAUCUGGGUAAACUUGAUACAGGGAGAGAUUUGCUUUAAACAGUCUUUACAUAACUAAGCCUUUCAUUACUUUAUGAAAUUUACUUAGUCACAGGAGUUAUUGUAAGUCCACAGAAAAUACAAAAAUAUAUUGUAGUUCUUGUCACAGCCAGUACCACUCUGGAGGCCCAGUGUCAGGUCCUCUCCUUGUAUGCAAUGGCAUGUAUAACAGCUUCUGCCAUGGACCUACUUACCUCUAGUAUUCACCUCACGGUUUUAAAUUUAUUGUUGAAAGAUUGUCACACAUACGAAAUGAAACAAAUGGCAAGAAGGAUAGAAAACUGUUGUGUGUUGACAUAUGUAAAUAAAAAACAUCAUUGGUGGGAGUUUUACUUUGGUUGGUAGGGAUUCUGAUACACUUGGGUCUCCUUGGGAAAUAAACAACACUUAAUCAAAACAUUUAAGAUUUAGGCAAACACUUUAGUAUUUCACUUUUUGUUGUAUGAAAACUAAAAUUAGCAUAGAUGGGAUGUUAAGAAUCCACUAUAGAGCGUGAAAAAUUUAUGUUCAUCAUAGACUGACUCUAAUGUACCUACCACCUUAUAGACUAUAUAUGAUGCUCCUGCCACAUAAAUUAUAAUGUUUAAAGUUUUGAAAAUUGAUUAUAGGUAUACUUAUAGUAUUUCUUGUAUUUAUCAUUGUGUUUUAUAUGUAAUUCUAAUAGAUAUUGUUUGCUUCAGUUGUUUCUGUUUCCUUUUCCUGAAGUUUUCUGUGUGAGUGAUUUCAUGUAAUGAAUUGAACCAUCUAGCCACAGGCAACAUGUGAAAAUAGUAUUUGUAAUUGUAGUCUUUGUCAGGGACUGUACUAAAUUGAUUGGUGACACUAUGUUUUACUUUGAGAUCUGAGUAUUGCUAUAAAGAGACUGAGAAUGAGAAAAUAAAUUAUUUUCCUAAGGUGAUAUAGGUCGUAAUAAAAUCACAGUUUAAACUUGGGACAUUGGGUGACAGUAUCAGUAAGUAUUCCUAAUGCUAACAGUUCUCAAAACAAGCUCUCUGGACAAAAGCAUCAGUAUUCCCUGCAAAUUCUUGGGUGUCAUCCCAUACUUAUGGAGUGAGAUGAAUAUGGCCACCAGCAACUGUGUCUUUUUAGACAACUGACUAAGGUUGAAUCUUGAGAUUCACCACUGUCAGGAGCUGUUCUCUGGUUAGAAUCACUUGGUCAGCCCACAUUAAAUAAGGACUUCUGGGACUAGGACUUGGGCAACAGUAAAAUAUGUUUCAUUAGGUGGUUAAAAUGUGCAGCCUCUAUUGGAUAUGUUCCAUGGCAUUUAAAGUAUCAGAUCAUCUGCAGAUGAGGCUCUAUCCAGAAUCAAGAACUUGACUAAGUUUAGAGCCCAGCUCUCUGAUACUACAGUAAGAAGUGGAACAUUGUUUUACUCCUGUAUGCUCAGGACAGACUGAUCAACCUCAGGUACAUAUGUGCAGCCAAUAAGAACCAAUCAUAGGAUAGUGACUCUUGACUCUUGGAUAAAUUUGUAAUAGAAGUGAGAGAAGUUACGUGUGUGUGUGUGUGUGUCAAACUUGUUUGGGUGUGUCCACUACAAGGAUACAUACAAAAACUAUAUUUAAAAACUCAUGUUAUUUCUGUCUUUUCUCAUUGGGCUUUCAAUAAAGACCAUUGUAGGCAUCAAGAUUGGAAUGGGAGAGUAUAUUGAACAAUCUGAGAAACCCAAUCACAUGUUGUUUUAAUUUCAGUAGUUUAAAAUUAGAUAUAGGCUGUUUGUGGUAUUUUUGUUUUUAUUGUGCAAAUAGUAAUUAAAAUAUAUUUUGAGGCCAAGCAUAGUGGUAAUUCUUUAAUCCCAGUAUUUAGGAGGCAGAGGCAGACCAGUCAGAUCCCUGUGAGUUGGAAGUCAGCCGUGUGUGUGUGUGUAAAAUAAAGAUUUUAUUCUACCCAUUUUUAGUGGAAAAUAUCUUUAAGAUUUUUUUCUUCAUUCAGCAGAUUACUAUCAACACCAGUACAGAAGUACAAAGAAAAUAUUUAGUCACUUGUGGGAACCCGCCUGGGUCCUGUUGUUGCCUCAGCCCCCAAAUAACACACAAGACACUAUAUUAAUUAUGAAGCUGUUGGCUGUUUGCUUGGUUUCUUAUCAGCUAGCUCUGACUUAAUUAUUGACCCAUAAUUACUAAUAUAUAUUUUAUAAGGACUUAUCUUUAUCCUUAUCCUUUAUCCUUAUCAGGACACUCCUGAUGUGUCCAUUCCUCCCGGGAGAUCACAUGGCAACGACCCUCUUCACUACAUUUCCCAGAAUCCUCCUAGACUCCUAGUCCCCCCAUCUUGCUUCCCUAUUGCCAACAGUGCUUCAUUUACAUAUACACAAGGACCUCUCCCAUCAGUCACUAAACUGAAGUAGCCCAGAAUCUGAGUAGGUAGUCUUGAUGUUAAUAUAGCUUUGUAAUAUCACUGAGAAGUACACAUUUUGCAUUCUUAAGCUUUCUACCUCGCACAAUAGUUUAAGGGUUGACUGUCAUCCCAGGCUAAGACUUUUUUGCUGUUCCUUUUAACUGCAAAUCUUUUUUUAAGAAUAGCUGUUACAGCCUGCCGUGCAGUUAUGAUUAAGGGGUGGGGGUACAGUAUUUUAAAGAAUUGUACCCAAUGGGAGCCAGAUUGUGAACUGCCAUUAACGCGUAUGUUGAUGUCAAUAGAUACAUAGCACAUGACUGUUUACCUGAUGCUCUUGAUAUAAAAAUUGACAGAAGAAAGCAAUAUUGGUAUAAGGAAUCUAGCUCUAGUAAACACUAAUGCCUGUGGCUAUACAGUACCUCACUGUUAUGUUCCGUUUUAACAGGAGAGAGGAAAGGGAAGAGGACUAAUGUAAGUUUUCAAAUGCAAUAUCGUUAUUAAUCAGCAGAUUGGUUUACAAAACAACUGUGUAAAUAUAUUGACUAGCCACAGGAAAAUGGGAUGAUCCUUUUCAUAGUUGGUAGAUUUACAAGUGAAGACACAGAUUAAAUUCUGUUUUUGUUUUACUUCUGUGUCUCCAAUGCUAAUUUGAAUGAAUUUGUUAUUACUGGAUACUUAUACACCUUCCAGGCCAUUCAGUUCUUGGAAAACUAUUUUCCUUAAAUGCCUUAUGUUUCCUUUCUGCUAUGGUUGUUAUGUCCCCGUCCCCCGACCCCGCAUCCCUGAAUGUAAACAGCAGCUGUUUCACAGGUUAGAUGGCUGAGAGCUACUUGGAAAACAAGCAGACAUAAAAAUCACAAUAAGUAAGAAGUAUCACUACAAAUCCAGGGUUGAUGCUGAUUUCAGUCUCUCUGUUUGGUACCAGUACAUCCAGAUUUGCCUUUUGAACUAUGAUAUUCAAUAAAGACCUGUUGAACUUA